ACCUAGGCUUGACCCGUUCUUCAAACACACAGCUAUACGUAAAACACACGAGUUUCUUGGCCAACCACAUGUGAGAGUAACCUGUAUCGUCGUCUUCAACUAAAUUAUCAAUAUAGCACGCGAUAUAUUUGUGUCCUUGGGAUAACUUUGUUGCAAAUCCUAUCCCAUGAGGCUUGUCCUUGUCCAUGAGGCAAUCACAAAUUGACGUAAACCGAUAUGAUAAUGCCUACUAGAUCCAGGAAAUCUACCAUAUAAAAAAGUCACAAAAUCUUAAGAGCAUUGCGCUGCUAUUUUGUUUGCACUUUCACAUUGGCAGUCAGUGCUAAAAACUUCCAACUGUGGACCAUAUGUUAUUGAAUCUAAUAUUGAUUAGUUACUGUGAUCAAGUGCAGUGAGUGUGUGGCUUGCUAAGUUGAUUUUUUUAGCAUUCAUCAAUCAUGGAGAACAUAAGAGCGCUCUGAUCUCGAACAGGUUUUGCUAUACAAGAGACUUCCAGCAACAUGUCUUUCGAUGAAACAUCGGCCGAUCGCAAUGUGGAGAUUUGGAAGAUCAAAAAGCUCAUUAAGAGCUUGGAAAUGGCCAGAGGUAAUGGAACGAGUAUGAUUUCUUUAAUCAUACCUCCUAAGGAUCAAAUCAGUCGCGUAAGCAAGAUGCUGGCCGAUGAGUUUGGAACCGCAUCAAAUAUUAAAUCCCGUGUAAACCGUCUAUCCGUUCUCGGCGCAAUUACGUCUGUUCAACACAGAUUAAAACUAUACACCAAAGUGCCUCCAAAUGGAUUAGUCAUUUACUGUGGUACAAUCGUGACUGAAGAGGGGAGAAAAAAGGUUAACAUCGAUUUUGAACCGUUCAAACCAAUCAAUACCUCCCUUUAUUUAUGUGAUAACAAAUUUCACACUGAAGCACUAACUGCACUUCUGGCCGAUGACAAUAAAUUCGGCUUUAUUGUUAUGGAUGGUAAUGGAGCUCUGUUUGGCACGCUGCAGGGAAACACUCGUGAGGUGCUUCAUAAAUUUACAGUCGACCUACCGAAAAAGCAUGGGCGUGGUGGACAGUCGGCGUUGCGUUUUGCAAGAUUGCGAAUGGAAAAACGUCACAAUUACGUACGAAAAGUUGCUGAGGUUGCAACACAAUUGUUCAUUACCAAUGAUAAACCCAACAUUGCCGGACUGAUUUUGGCCGGUAGUGCAGACUUUAAAACUGAACUUAGCCAGUCUGAUAUGUUCGAUCCAAGAUUGCAAUCAAAAGUUAUAAAACUUGUUGAUGUGUCUUAUGGAGGAGAGAAUGGUUUUAAUCAAGCUAUUGAGCUAGCAGCUGAGUCUUUACAAAAUGUUAAAUUUAUUCAAGAAAAAAAACUUAUUGGUAGAUAUUUUGAUGAAAUAUCUCAGGAUACUGGCAAAUACUGCUUUGGUGUGGAAGAUACUCUCAAGGCCCUGGAGUUAGGAUCUGUAGAGACACUUAUAUGCUGGGAAAAUUUAGAUAUUCAGCGUUACGUUUUAAAGAAUCAUGCUAGCGCAACGUCUACGACAGUAUUACACUUAACACCCGAGCAAGAAAAGGACAAAUCUCAUUUCACUGAUAAAGAGAGUGGCGUUGAGAUGGAAUUAGUCGAAUCGCAGCCUCUGCUUGAAUGGUUAGCGAACAACUAUAAGUGUUUUGGGGCUACGUUGGAAAUUAUUACGGAUAAAUCACAAGAAGGUAGUCAAUUUGUACGUGGUUUCGGAGGAAUAGGAGGAAUACUUCGUUAUAAGGUAGACUUUCAAAGCAUGCAGCUGGAUGAAUUGGAUAAUGAUUGUUUCGACCUGGAAGACUAUUAAACAACAACAAGCUGUUUUAAAAGUGCAUGAUUGACUAUACAUGCUAAUGGAAUAAUAGUGAUGUACACGUCUUAAUAUCCAUCUUAAAAAUAUAUGAAGCAAAGGAUAAACUUGUAAGAUCCCGUUCGAAAUUGGAGAGAUAUAAAAACUUCCAUAAAUACACCAUUCUCCCAGAAAGCGAGAAAAUGAAAAAAAUAUCAGUUAAACGA